AUGGGCACAAGUGGCAAGGGGAAAUGGUCAGUCCAGUGCUCUGUGCGUGCAAGCGAAAGAACGUUUGAGGGAGAAGCCACUUGUAGCAUCGUGGAAAGAGCAGUUGUGCCCAGCAGCCGGGAUUUUAGUCGCGCUGCACAGCUGCCCGUCCGCGUGUCGGCAACCAUGCAACAUGAGAAUUGCCGUUCACGGGCUCGGCGGCCAGGGUCACCUACAUGCCUGGCCUUCAUCUUAUUUUUAAUAUUCCUCAUCAUCUCCUCUUCGUCCCAUGCCGUUUCAGCCAAAAUCUUCCUUCUGGACUUACCUGCAAGUUCUGUGGAUUUGUUGUCCGCUUUUAAAUUAGGCGACCAAGCAAAUGUUCAAAUAACUUCAGGCAAGUGUGGCCAAAUGCCUUCAGAAGAUGAGGCUUCUGGAAAAGCACCCAUUCCGGACGAAUUGCGUCCAGGAUAUAUCGUCCCGCAGGGUCUUGAGAUGAAACGACUCCUCUCUGACAUCCUCCCGAAAACCGUUGACUGGUCUCAGGAGAUGUCGGUGUUCUUGACGCUCAAAAUGAAACGUGGUCAUGGAAAGUCCGAGCUCUUCACCAUUUUCAGCUCUCAAGGCCGAAUACUUCUCUCAGUUGGAAUCGAAUCCGGGUACUUUGUUGUCUCCUAUCAUGAGGCUGCAGCCGGUGUCCGUGCAGCACGCAUUUCCACUUCUGUAAAUGCCAUGCGCUCUGAGAAGAUCGGUCCUGCUCUGAAUGAUGAUCAAUGGCAUCGAGUCGGCCUUAACUUCAAAAAUGGACGAUUGUAUCUAAACCUAGACUGCAAGACCCUGGACUCUUACACCACUGUGCUUCCAGUCAAAUUCACCGAUGGGCGCAAUACACUCAGCCUUCUACCCUCCGGUUUUGAUGGUAUCCUGCAAGAUUUGAUGUUCGUGCAGGGUGAUCGAAGCCUUGAACAGCAGUGUCUCAUCUAUACACCCAACUGUCCUACAGACGGUGAUGAUGCCGUGAUGAAUGAUGAACCUAUUCAUUUGGAUCCUGGUCAAGGAGAACCAGGUGAACAAGGCGAUCCUGGAGAACAGGGAGAAAAGGGUGACCCCGGCAAACCGGGUCCCCGUGGCCCUGAUGGAGAGCAAGGUCCCCCGGGUCCAGUUGGCUCGCUCUUCGUGGUGCCCCUUAAUUUGGGCAUCGGAGGCGGCGCCCAUGCACGGGCUGCCCAUUUCCGACAGCUUCUUCAACAACACUUAGAGUCACUUCGCGGUGUUCGUGGACCCCGAGGCUUGACGGGUCCCACUGGUCCAGAUGGUCCAACAGGUCCACCUGGUCCUAAGGGCGAGACUGGUCCUCAAGGUGACACUGGUUUUCAAGGUCGACGUGGUGCAAUGGGUCCCACUGGUCUUCCUGGACCUAGAGGAAAGACAGGCCGCGAUGGAGACCGUGGUGACCCUGGACCACAAGGUCCAAAAGGCCCAGAUGGCUUACCUGGAGACUCUGGUUUGAUGGGUCCCAAGGGCUUGCAAGGUCCUCGUGGUCCCAUAGGUCCAGUUGGUGAACAGGGUGCACCUGGAGAAGAGGGUCCUCGUGGUCCCACCGGCGACCAAGGUGAUCAAGGUGACAUGGGUCCAUAUGGACCUCGUGGUCCUGUAGGUCUUCAAGGUCCUCUCGGUCCACGUGGCAAAACUGGCAGCCGAGGUCCAGUUGGUCUCCAAGGCGAAGCCGGUGAACCUGGUCCUACUGGUAUGGCCGGACCUAUGGGUCCCCCUGGUCCCGCUGGCCCAGAAGGUCCUGCAGGUCCUCGGGGUCCUGCUGGCCCUCCUGGUCCCCCAGGUAAACAAGGUCCUCCUGGUGCCACUGGCCCAGAAGGUAAUCCUGGUUACCCCGGUCCUAAGGGCGAAGUAGGCCCUAAGGGAGAUGCAGGUGCUGCUGGUCAAAAGGGUGAGCCUGGUUUACCUGGUCCCCGUGGUAUGAAGGGUUCCCGUGGUACAUUUGGCAUCACUGGUCCUAAGGGAGAUACCGGAAAACCAGGCGCCAUCGGUGCUCAAGGAGAAGCUGGUCCCAAGGGUUUAAAGGGUAGCCGUGGUUCCCCUGGUGUUAUGGGUGUAAUGGGCCCACAGGGAGAAAAAGGAGAACCCGGAAAGGCCGGUGAAUCUGGACCUCGUGGUGACCGCGGCGCCCAAGGUCCAAGUGGUCUCAUGGGUCCUGCCGGCCCUCAAGGUCUCAAUGGUGAUCCUGGACCCGUUGGUCCUGCUGGACCUCAAGGUCGGGAGGGUGACAGAGGUGAAACAGGUCCUAUUGGUCCACCUGGUGCUGAUGGUGAACAGGGUCAGCACGGUGCCUCCGGCCCACGUGGUCUACAGGGUAAGGUUGGUCCUGCUGGAGAGAAGGGUGAUCAAGGUGUUACUGGACCCCCUGGUUCUCCGGGUCCCACUGGGGAAAUGGGCUUCCAAGGUCAACCAGGUCCAGUUGGCUUACCCGGUCCUGCUGGUCCAAUUGGCAGACAAGGUCCUCAAGGUUUUCCCGGCCAAAGAGGUGAACCCGGAGAAGUUGGUCCGCCUGGUCCUCGUGGAUCAAUCGGUAUGACUGGUCCCGCUGGUCCAACUGGUGACACAGGUCCUGAGGGUGCCCCUGGACCUAUUGGGCCUCGUGGUCCAACUGGUGAUCCAGGUAAAGAAGGCAAGGAUGGUGCCAAAGGAGACAAGGGCCCAAAAGGAGAACGUGGAAAUCGUGGUUCUCCAGGUCCAAGAGGUCCCCGUGGUUACAUCGGUCUUGACGGAAUGCCAGGUCCAGCUGGUCCAGACGGUUUCAAGGGUGAAACUGGUCCUGAUGGUGAAGUUGGCCCUGCAGGUCCUAAAGGGUACCGUGGAGACUCAGGUCUCAUGGGCCAAACUGGUCCUCCCGGUCCAGCUGGUCCUCGUGGUGCUCCAGGUGUUCCCGGUGAAAAGGGUCCAAAAGGUCCUGAUGGAAUUAUGGGUCCAAUUGGUCCUACCGGUCCACGUGGUUCUCGAGGUCGUUCAGGACCCACUGGUCCUACUGGUACCCCGGGUUUCGAUGGAGAAAAAGGUGAACGCGGUCCAGCUGGUCCUCAAGGCAAGAAGGGUAUUACUGGUCCUCAGGGACCUCGUGGCAUCACUGGUCCCAUCGGAAGCGCUGGAAUGCCGGGUAUUCAAGGUCCCCCUGGUGCUCCGGGUCAACCUGGAGAAAUGGGUCCUAUGGGUUUGAUCGGCUCUGAGGGUCUUACAGGUCCUGCUGGUCUGGCUGGACCAAUGGGAAUGGAGGGUGCUCCUGGACCUAUUGGAAAGCAAGGACCUAAGGGUGACCGUGGUCGUGAGGGUCCUCAAGGUAGUCCUGGCCCAGCUGGCUCAAUGGGCGCCAUGGGUUUAACAGGUCCUGCAGGUAAUCCCGGUUCAACAGGUUCAGCUGGAGCUGUUGGUGAACCUGGAGACAAGGGUCCCCAGGGUCCUCAAGGUUCUGCAGGUUACCCUGGUGCCCCUGGUAACCAAGGCCCACAAGGCCGCAAGGGGCCUGAUGGUCCACCUGGCCAAGUUGGUCCUCCUGGUGAUCCUGGUAUGGAAGGUCCUGUUGGUCCACAAGGAGCAGUUGGUCCAAUGGGUCCCCCUGGUCCACAAGGUGCUCGCGGUAUUCCCGGAGGGAGAGGCCCUCCAGGUCCAGUUGGUGAAGAUGGUUCUCCCGGUAGUACUGGCCCACCUGGAAAGCCAGGGGCCCGUGGUCCUCCAGGUCCACAAGGUCCUCAGGGACCUACCGGCCAGACUGGGCCUCAAGGUCUCCCUGGAAACCGUGGAUCUAAGGGUCCAAAGGGUGAAAUUGGACCCCAGGGCCCCCCUGGUGAGCCUGGUCCAACUGGAGCACCAGGGUUGAGUGGACCCCCUGGUCUUCGUGGUCCACCUGGUUCACCUGGUGCUCAGGGUCCACAAGGUGUCAAGGGUCCAGAUGGCGAAGAUGGUUCAGAAGGUGCCCCCGGUCCAGCCGGCCAAGAAGGAGAAAAGGGUGAAACAGGUCCAAAAGGUGAAAAAGGUGCUUACGGCCCUGCGGGUCCAAUGGGCCCUCCAGGUCCACGUGGUGAACGUGGCGUCACUGGUGUAGAAGGUGAAAGGGGUCGCAUUGGUCCUAAGGGAGCUCAAGGCCCACCUGGUCCCACUGGUAAUCAAGGUCCUCCUGGUGAUGUCGGCCCGCCUGGUCCUGAAGGCCCAAUGGGUGUUCGUGGUCCGACAGGUCCAAGUGGUCCUCGAGGUCCUAAGGGCAAACAAGGACCUCAAGGUCCCCAAGGUCCUCCCGGCCCCGUCAAGAUUCUCGACAUCAGUGCCGGUUACAUCAAAUUUGAACCAACCCGUACUAAGCGUAGUGUCAAUCCUGAUGAGAGUUUCAAAGAUGACGAUUUGUACGCCGGUUACACGAAGGAUCCCGAUGCUAAUCUCUUCCCCAACAACUUACCUAGUAUUGGAGCUAUCUUGAGACGACUCUAUGCUCGUAUUGAGGGUCUGGAGAAUGCUGUUAAAUACUACCAACGACCGAUUGGAACAAGAGAGUAUCCAGCACGUCAUUGUCGAGAGAUUGCUGAAGCAACUGACUCUCCGCAUGGUCCUGUCUCUGGAGAAUACUGGAUCGAUCCGAACUUGGGCUCUAAUCGUGAUGCGAUCAAAGUGGAAUGCAAGUUCUCUGGCAAUGUAGUCAAAACUUGCGUUCAUGCCACCCCUGAGUCAAAGGCCCUUCGUCUAACGAAUCUUAAAAAGAGCAGUUCUGACAGCAGCUGGUGGUUCUCCAAACUUUUGGAGGAUAACAUCAAUGGAACUCAGCGCUUGUUCUACGCUCCACGAAACCAAUUGAACUUCUUGCAAUUGCUCCAUCAUAGAGCAGAACAAUCAAUUACUGCUCUGUGUCGAGGCUCUGUAGUCUACUACGACAGUCGAAACAAGGACUACAACUCAGCAGCUAACCUUCUGUUGUUCAAUGGUAAGGUCAUAAAUACCCAUCUUGAUCGACGUGUGAGAGGUGAAGGCGGUUUCGUCCAGCUGGAAGUGAACAUUAAAGAUGACUGCAUGGAUCGCUCAUUGACCGGUUCAACAGCCAGCUUCGACCUUGUGGCCAGUCAUCCAGAACUUUUGCCCGUUUUGGAUAUGAAGAUGUUCGAUUUUGGUGAAGACAACCAGCAAAUUGGUUACUACAUGAACGAAGUUUGCUUCUUCUAA